AUGAGGGAAUCAUGGCAUGAAGAUUUCGGAGAAGCGAAAGCUGAAGCGGCACUGGUAAUCAAUAAUGUGAGCAAAGUGUGGGAGACCACAGGCGAAGUUGCAGUGAAUGGUCUUUCAAUGAAAGCUUGUGUGGGAGAGGUCACGGUACUUCUUGGUCAUAAUGGGGCUGGCAAAAGCACGACAUAUAAUAUGAUUUGUGGUUUUACAAGUUCCAUAACAAUAUUCGGUAAAGAUGUAGAACGAAACUUUCACUCAAACAUGGGCUUCUGUCCACAGUGGAACAGCAUUUUCGAAUGCUUCACCGUUGAUGACCAUCUUUGGUUUUUCUUCAAACUGAAAGGAGGUGAAGCCAAUUGGAAGGAAAAUGCAAAUGAGCUAUGCUCAUCUCUGGGCAUGCAACACCUUCAAGAAAAGAACGCUUCGGAACUGUCUGGUGGUGAAAAACGGAAACUGUGCUUGGCCCUGGCAUUCAUUGGAGGAUCCAGACUACUGAUCUUAGAUGAGCCUACAGCGGAAAUGGAUCCGCAUUCUAGAAAAAUUGUCACAGACUUCAUCAUAAAACAAAAGAAAGAGCGGUGA